CGCAUUGCAUUGGCGUUGAUAGAGACACCUAUUAUCAUUCCUCACGGGGCAUAUAUCUUGGCGGCUUUGUUUCUGUUUCUCUUUUGGUAUCACGUCAUGUUUUAUUUCUUCUUCUUGACAUUGGCAUUUUUCCUUUUCUUCUUCCGAAUGACGGGGGUAUCUGGCAUACCUCGAUUCGUCAGGUACAGGUGGGCACAGAAAGAGGCAUUAUUUCUCACCAUUUCGACGUAUUUCUACAGUAUUGUCCUUGGAAGCAUACACUUUUCUCUCUCACAUGGUAUUCUUGGACCCUACGGAUUCUACGAGGAAAAAAUGACAAGUACGGAACACCAGAUCAGAAGACACAUGAGUCUUUGAAUUGGCUAAUUUAGAAAACUCUUCGCCAUGUUUUCAUGUGGUCAUGCUAUAAUAUUCCCAUUUUUCUCCAGAAGUUGCAGAAAAAUGUCAAAUCUUUUGUCAAAUAUCUAUUACAAAUAAUGUCCAAAGCUGAUACCAGUA